GAAUCGAUUCGUUCGCGACUCGGGCAUUCGUCACUAGCGGACAUCUUUACUAGCAGCUAGUAGCUAGUGGUGUUCAGCUAUGUUGGGUUAGGUUUACUUUUUGUUUUUUGAGAUUAAUACCAUCAUGUCUGUGUUAGAGGGUGGCGCGCCGUGUGAAACAGAUAUCAGUGAUUCAGUUAAUCCAGACUCGGCAUCUGUUUCAGACGCCGACACAGUACAAAACACUAACGCCCCUAGUUGUCAUGUUGAAGACUCCCAGAACGACAGUGAACUUCUUAAAGGUCUGCUGACAGAUACCUUCUGUCAGGUGUGUGAGGCAGUAUUGCUGUUUGAGUCUCAGAGAGUCUCUCAUUAUGAGGGAAAGAAACAUGCUCAGCGAGUCAGAAUCUACCUGCAGAGCAAGAAAGCAGAAAAGAGCAAACAAGGUCAAGAAUGUGGCAGCUUUCCUAGCAGUAAGGUGGACCCAGAGAAGGUCUGUGAGCUGUGCAACAUGGUAUUCAGCUCCCCUGUGGUCGCCAGGUCACACUAUGAGGGUAAAGUCCAUGCCAAGAACAUGAGGAAAAGCGACACUACUCUCUCUGCAGCAGAUAUCAGGACCACGGCGGGCUCUGUGGCUGUCCCUGUGCCUGCUAGGGAAGGUACUGCAGGGGUUAAAGUGGAUCAGGAGCAGAAGGAAAGCACCGCUUCUGCUGCACAGGAGGUCGAUCUGAGUGACCCGGACAAGUAUUGUAAGCUCUGUACAGCCUCUUUCAACAACCCCCUUAUAGCCCAGCAACACUACAGUGGGCGCAAGCACCAGCGCAACCAGGCUCGACAGGAGAUGCUCAGCAAACUCUCAGAGGAGUCUGAGCAUGCGAGCUCUCUAACAUGUCCAGUGUGCUGUGUGACUCUCAGCUCCGUAGAGACAUAUCAGGCUCACAUGCAGGGAAACAAACACUUCGUACAAGAAAAGAAGAUAGUUGGUUUAUGCAAAUCACAGAAGAAAGUGUACGACUCGUUCCAGGAUGAGUUGGCCGACUACAUCCAGGUCCAGAAAGCUCGGGGGUUGGAGCCCAAAAGAGGACAAGGCCCAGGACAGAGAAGUGCAGAGGAGGGAGUGAAAGAGGGCGAGCAGUUAGAGGAGGAGCCUCCUCCUGCUCCAUCACAUCUGCCUCGUCCUCCUCUUCCUCCUCCUCUUCCUCCUACCUUCCGUCCACCACACUGGCGCCCGCCGUUUCAACCUCGAGCUGGUCAUUUUGGCUUCAGAGGCAGGUUCCCAGUGCAGCACCAGUGGGGUCAAGGCUACCCACCCCAUCCUCCUCCACUCAUCCCUGGCCUUGCAGGUAGACCACUGCGUAGGAGGCGGAGCCAAGACUCAUUUAGCUCCUCUUCCUCUGACUCCUCGUCUUAUACUAGCAGCAGCAGCAGCAGCAGCAGCAGUAGUAGCGAUACCAGCAGUGACAGCAGCAGAGAGAGAAGAAGAAGACGAAGAACAAGAAAAGAAAGAAUGAAGAGGAGGAGAGAGCAGGAUGAUGACUCUGAGAAAGAAGAGAGAAGGAGGACUAAGAGGAGGCGAAGGAGAGAAAGUGAGGAGGAAGGCCAUGCAACGACAGCAAGGAGACAGAGGAGAAUGAGUUUUGAAGAGGAGCAAGGACCAGACGAGGAUAAAGAGAGGAGGAAGUGGAAGGAGAAAAGCCACAGAGAAGGAGAUUCCAGCGAGGAGGAUGAAUACAGGAGUAAGAGAAGAGUCGGCAAGAAGAGCAAGAGACGAAAAGAAGGGCAUCAUAGAAAAAGACAGAAAGAGGAGGAUGAAGGAGAGCAGAGCAAAGGGUCUGUUGAAGAAGGGAUGGACAAAGGUGAGGGAGGAGUGCCAAGUGAGGGAGUGCAGGCCACAGUGGAAGAGCACACAGAGGAAGGAACUGAAGCUAAAGAGGAGAGACCAAAGCGCAAAAAAGAGAAGAAGAAAGCAAAGGAAAGGAUGGAUGGAGGGGACAGCAGGACAGAGGAGGAAAAGCUCUGGGAUGAAACCAUUUUGGGCAUAUUCUGAUAUUUUGAUGACGGUGUGCUGGCUACUUGCCCUUUAUUGGUCUCAACUCAGUGCACCCUGACUAGGCAGACUGUAAGGAUUCAGGAUGGCCUAUAUGCAGAUGUGUCCUUGUUUGUGCAUCAGUGUCUUUCGCCUGCCCAAAGUCUCGACUACAGGCUGACCUUUGUUUGUAACUUACAGGACCACAAAACAGCAUUUUUUCUGAUGUUCUUCAGAUCUUUUGUUUUGCAGACAGACUUUUGUUGUAUGAUAUAAAUGCAUGAUCUGAUACUACUGACCAUAAAUGUAUUUGCACAGUCGACAUGUGUAAACCAGCCAUGUUGAUAUUAGGACUAAACGAAUGUAUCUUCUCAGAUCCUACUCUCUCAUAUAAAAUAAACACCGUUUACUAUUAAUUAUGUUUUACCUUUUGUAAAGUCUUUGAUGUAUUGAUUUAAGUUUUGCCUGGUUAAAGAUGUAGGCAGCCCAAAUAUACUAAUGUAGUUAAUAGCUAAUGGAAUGUACAGUAUAUUGCAAAUGUCAGAGACCACCCUUUCAUUUAUUUCAGUCAAAACAGCCAUUAAGUAAAUUUUUUUUUACUUUUUAGCAACAGGAAAAAAGCAACAAACAUGUAUUUAAAUGUGAAUUACACAAAAAUCUCAAGAACACACUCAGAUUUAGUGUGUGCCAGUAUUUAGUGUGUCCACACUUUGCCUUUAUUACUGCUUCCAUUCCUUUUGAGAGACUUGCUUUCAACUUUUCAAAGAAAUUUGCAGGGAUAUUUUUCCACACUGCCAAAGUUCAGUCUUAGGAGUUGGUUUUACUUCUUGUUUUUCGUGAUUGAAGGAAUUCUAAUUACUAAUUUAGACUGAUCAGUCCAGCGUCAGUCUUCAGGGUCAAAUUUACUUCUUUUUUGUCUUUUUUCUUUUCUCAGUAACUGAUUUUGACCUCUACAUAUCCUUUCAGACCCAUAGCAUUAAUUUGUCUUAUCACAGUGUAAGGAUGAACAGAAACACCUGUGGAUUUUUUCAGAUGUGAAGCAAGAGUGGAGCUUGAUUUUCUCCUCUCUCUCAAAGAUGAAAGUACUGUUUAUCUGAUGGUAACAGUUGUAUUAUGCUUAGGGUUGCAGGCGUUUCUGUAAUGUUCUAUUAAAUAGGUUUUCUGAGUAAGAGUAAUCUCUGACUUUUGCAGAGUACUGUACAAUCCAUUGAUUGGCAUGAUUUGCAUUAGGGCUUGCAUUCAAUACCAUAUUGCAUUUAUAUUCAGCAACAUGCCUUCUAAAUGUUACAUUGAUGUUACUGCCCUAAUUUGCACAGUGCUUGCUGUUAGCUGCUCCUGCUUUUUUGACUGAACUGUUCCUUCAGUGUUGUUUUUGCUGUCAUUCCACACUCUGACUCAGGGGGGGCGCUGUUCAUCUGCACUUGUUUCUCCUCUCCUCUGUGGUGGGGAAAAGCAAAGACGGCAGGUGUUGCAAAGUGUUGUGUUACAAAUUCACCCACAAUUUUGAGCUUUUAUGUCAUGAUGUGAUGCAGACAAUGUUUUUUUCCAAGACCACCACCUCCGUGUCUUAUCAGUGCUCUGAGGAUUUCCCUAUUAUAAUGUAUAUGGUCUAAGCUUGUUAAUAUGACAAAGGUUCUUAAGAAUGUUUGCAUUUCUGCUGUGUGUUUAUGCGUUUAUAUAUAUUUUUGUAAUGUACGACAGGUGCAUUUGGUGCAAAUGAGGACACUUGACUCCCACCUGGUCGAUCUCUUUCUCGGAGUAGACCUCAUUUGCCCCCGUGAAAUAUACUACUUAGCAGAAUCAAAACAGGCCACACAGACAUGGAGGUUUUGUAUCUUCGACCUUUGAUAUGGUUCAGGAAAAGAGAACUCUUUUUAUUUUUAUUUUUACUUUUGUGUUGUAUGUCAAUAUGCAUGUCAAUGCUGUCAUUACGAACCCUCGUUCUCCUUUUUUUUUAGUUUUUAUUUUUUUCAGCAACAUUCAGAAAUGUUAACUGCCUUUUACUUUGUGCAAACAUUACAUGAUGAAUGGACAAAGAGAAAUGGUUUAAAAUGGCCUGGAAUUAAAUCUUGCUAUUUCUUUGUUUUUUGAAAAAUUCUCAACACUAAUGGUAAAGAUAUAAACAAAAUCAUUCAGAGUGGUUUGAUGGAAAAUGCUGUGUUCUAGAGAAACG